AACACUGAUUGAUAAACUGUGUUUUUAUUGAUAAUCGGCGACUGAUAGUCCAUCUAUUCCUGAUGAAGUCCUCGACUGAAGCUAAUAGUGGCCCCAGUCAAGCACCACCUUUUCCUGGUGUCCCCCCACCUUCAGGAUUCCCCCUGCGCUUUAUGGGCCCACCAGGAAUCCCGCCUCACUUCCCUCCAAUGGGAAUGCCACCCAUGGGCCAGAGGCCGCCCAGCAUGGCCCCCAUGCCCCCGGGAAUAAUGCCCCCCAUGAUACCCCCGAUGGGAGCUCCACCCAUGGCACAGAUGCCAGCCAUGAUGCCACCAAUGAUGCCAGGAAUGAUGAUGCCCCCACGCAUGCCAGCUGCAUCAAUCCAGCCUACAGGACCGCCUGGUGUGAGUCCAGUGGAGACUGCAGCACCGGCUGCUCCUGGAACAACUAGCACCACAUCAACAGAAUCUUCACCUGAUGAACAGACAAAAAAGAAGUCAGUAUGGACUGAGCAUAAAUCACUGGAUGGAAAAACAUAUUACUACAACACAGAGACCAAACAAUCCAGCUGGGAGAAACCAGAUGAACUCAAAUCACCUGCAGAGCAAAUGUUGUCCAAAUGCCCGUGGAAAGAGUAUAAGUCAGACACUGGCAAGCCCUAUUACUACAACUCACAGACCAAAGAGUCUCGCUGGACUAAACCCAAGGAGCUGGAGGACCUGGAGGCGAUGAUAAAGGCAGAGGAGAACGGGACGGCUGACGUUGUGGCUCCUGGCACCACCCCUGCUCUUACAUCUCAGAGUGAGUCGUCUGUUACCGUGGCGGCAGUUGCUGAGACUGAGGUUGCCAUGGCGACAGUCGCCACAGAGGAACAGCCGUCUCACGUGCCUGCGCAGGUCGCUGAGGUCAGCAGUGAUGUCACGGUUAACUCCACUGAGGAAGCGCCCAGCGUAGAGACACAACCCAGUAAUGAUGUUUCUAAGGAGGAGAGACCUGAGCUGGUGAAGAAAGUUUACAAGUGGAACACAAAAGAGGAGGCAAAGCAGGCAUUUAAAGAACUGCUGAAAGAAAAGGGCGUUUCCUCCAAUGCAUCAUGGGAGCAGGCAAUGAAGCUGAUAAUUAACGACCCUCGUUACAGGAAAGCGGAGCAGAUGUUUGGCGAUCAGGAGGUGUGGUCAUGUGUCCCCGAGAGAGACCGGCUGGAGAUCUACGAAGAUGUGCUGUUUUAUUUAGCAAAGAAAGAGAAGGAACAAGCCAAGCAGCUGAGGAAGAGGAACUGGGAAGCUCUGAAGAACAUUUUGGACAAUAUGGCCAAUGUGACGUACAGAACUACGUGGUCUGAGGCACAGCAGUACCUACUGGAUAACCCCACCUUUGCUGAAGAUGAGGAGCUACAGAACAUGGACAAGGAAGAUGCUCUGAUCUGUUUUGAGGAACACAUCCGUGCUCUCGAGAAAGAGGAGGAGGAAGAGAAACAGAAAACUCUGCUGCGAGAGAGACGCAGACAGCGCAAGAACAGAGAGGCUUUCCAGAAAUUCCUGGAUGAGCUUCACGAUCACGGGCAGCUGCACUCCAUGUCUGCCUGGAUGGAGAUGUACCCAACCGUCAGCGCUGAUAUCCGCUUCUUUAAGUUGCUGGGCCAGCCAGGCUCCACCCCUCUGGACUUAUUCAAGUUUUACGUGGAGGAUCUGAAAGCUCGUUAUCAUGAUGAGAAGAGAAUCAUUAAAGACAUCCUGAAGGAUAAGGGCUUACUGGUGGAAAUCAACACGGGCUUCGAGGAGUUUGGCUCAGUGAUCAGCUCAGAUAAACGCGCCACCACGCUGGAUGCAGGAAACAUCAAACUGGCCUUCAACAGUGUAAGCAGACUGCCCUGCUGUUAUUUAUACUCCUAUUCAAAUCUCUCUCUACAGCACGAGUGUCAACAUCAUCAUUCAAAGACUAAAAAACACUCGAAGAAAUCCAAGAAACACCACAGAAAACGUUCCCGAUCUCGAUCAGGCUCGGAGUCGGAGGAUGAUGAGUAUCACUCGAAGAAGAAGAAACACUCCGCUUCUAAAUCUCCAUCCGAGCACUCGUCCUCUGGGGAAUCUGAGAGGAGUUGCAAGAAAUCUAAGAAACACAAGAAGAAGGGAAAGAAAAGACGACACAAAUCAGCCUCCCCUGAGUCUGAAGGAGAGAAAGAGCGGAAAGGAAGAGAGAAAGAGAAGGAUAAAGAGAACGACAAAUCCAGAGGGAAGUCACGUGGAGAAUCCAAACAGAAAUCCCCCAAAAGAAAGAGUACAAAAGAAGAGGGUGGAUGGGAUACGUCUGGAAGCGAGCUGAGUGAAGGAGAGCUGGAAAAGAGGCGUCGUACUCUCCUGGAGCAGCUGGAUGCACCAUAAAUCACUCUCUGUCCGUCUCGCUCUCACACUUGCAUUCCUGUAAUGUGUUUUGCAUCCUCUUGGGAUGAGCAUCCGAGUGUUUGGCUGUGAAUCCACUGGAUCUCAUGUAGUCUCUCUGAGAGGCAGUAUUGUCUGAACAUCAGCACUCUUCAUCUGGGCAUGUUGAUUUUGUAAGAUUAUUUUCAGAGGUUGCAAGUGUUAUGUUGCCUUUAACUGCAGAACCCUUUUUUUAGUCAGUUGUAUAUUUGUUAUUGCCAAUAGUUUUAAACAUCACUGAUAAUGUGGAACAAAAUGAACAAGCCUGCAUAAAAACAACUAUUAUUCAACUUCAGAUGAAUCUGUAAGAUUGUAAAAGUCAUUUUUGGAUUCGGUAUGACCGAUGUCUGCAGCAUUGUUUUCAACUUGAAUUUUGACAAAUAAACUAUAAAAUAAUGCUU